CCUUGCAAAGGUAGAAGGAGUAGAAUAUUAAAGAGGAGGAAGAGUAGGGACGAGGAGGAGGAGGAGGAGGAAGAAGAAGAAGAAGAAGAAGAAAAAGAAGAAAAAGAAGAAGCAGAGGAAGAUGUCGACGACGUUCCAGGAGAGUAAAAUAACAACGGGUCCUCUCAUGGAGGAGCUUAAGAAGAAUGAUUCCGAUUGUAAGAGCGAGGAGAUGAUUUCCAACAUCAAACGGGAGCACGAUUCGACCGACGAUUUCGAACGGGUCGAGCCAGAGAAUUUGUUCGUCGGGGAGCUCGGUAAGAAGGAAGAAGGUUCGUUUGGGAAAGAGACGAAGGGAGAGGUUAAGGCGGAGGCGGUGGAGGUGGAGGAAAAGAAGGAGAAGGAGAAGGAGGUGCUGACGAAGGAGGAAGAGGAGGAGAAGGAGAAGGAAAAAGGUGAGAAAAAGGAAGGGGAAUCGGAGGAAGGGAAAAAAUCAGAAUCGUCGUCGUUGCCCACGACAGUGUCAACGUCGGAAUCGCCACGUGUGCAGGAUCAUCGUCUAGGACACUCGACGGAUCUAAAGGUUCAUACGGAUCAUCAGUUGCCAAGUAUUACCAAACAUAGUUCCUUCUUAAACGAGGGCCGCGAAGGUGAGGAGGAAGAGGAGGAAAAGGCCUUACCCGCCACCCCGCCACCUUCCGCCGAUAUCGAGAAGUAUAAUUCCAUGGCGGAUCCGUUUCAACGGCCGGCAGGUAGGACAACUUCCGCGGAAGGGUUCAACCCCAGGGCAGCGACAGUCGCUUUCGUGGAAACCGAACGAGCCGCCGCAUCAUCGGCACCAUCACCCCAGACCUUAUCAACGAACAGUGCUGAGAACGACGUACUCCUUGAUCUCUCCGACAACACAACCGACGUACUAACCUCUACGACGGCAGACCAAACAAAAAUGAAUUUCGAUCAGAGCUUAAAUCCUAUGUCGAAAGAUACGAGCGAAAAAGAACCCGUAGUAUCUUCCAACCUACUCGAUCUUGAUUCCUUCCAAUCGACGACGACCUCCGCUCCACCUGUUCCCCUCACGAAUCUCGAUACGGAUAACGCUGAUCUUCUUUCGACUAGUAAUCACGAUACUUUUGAACACGUCGAUGAUAAUCUCACGAAAAACGAUAAAACUCUUGAUGAUCGUUGGAAGGUUAACGAAUCGGUCGAUGUUCUACCGACGAUCGCGAAGAAAGAUCAAAAUGAUGUUAACGUGAACGACGUUAUCAAAGAAACGACCGCGAUCGAGUCAACGAUCAAAAGGAAAGAUCAAAACGACGAUAAGACGAUUAAUUCCGGUAAAAAUGCCGAAUCUAAAGCUACUUCGAUUCCAUCGAAAACAUCGACGAACGUGACGCAAGACGUCGGCCAGAAGGAUGGAAGGUAUUUUGAUAAAUCCAGAAAUAAGGUUCAAGAAAUUGAAAUCGCACCAAAGGAAAUCUUCAGGGACAUGGGACUUGUGGCCACUCUGAUCUACUGGCGCGAUCCAAAGAAAUCAGGAGCUGUCUUCGGAGCGACCUUAGGGUUGCUUUUGUCGCUGGCCUACUUCAGUCUGAUCAGCGUACUUGCUUAUUUAUCAUUACUCAUUCUUAUCGCCACGGUAGCCUUUCGUAUCUACAAAAGUGUACUUCAGGCUAUCCAAAAAACUUCAGAUGGACAUCCGUUUAAAUACGUUCUUGAUUUAGAUCUUACAUUACCUACCGAAAAGACGCACGAACUCGCAGAUAUUGCGGUAGCUCAUAUAAACGCAACUAUCAGCGAAUUACGCAGACUCUUCCUAGUCGAGGACAUCGUUGAUUCGCUCAAAUUUGGCGUUUUACUUUGGUGCUUCACUUACAUUGGCUCAUGGUUCAAUGGAAUGACUUUAAUGAUCAUUGGUGUCGUCGCACUUUUCACACUACCAAAAGUGUACGAGACGAAUAAAACACAAAUCGAUGAGAAUAUGGCUCUGGUUAAGGGAAAGGUCGAUGAGUUUACUGCCAAGAUAAAGGCAGCUAUCCCUCUAGUUAAAAAACCGGAACCAACGAAGGAGGAUUAAAAAAAUCGCAUACAUGGUGAGAUGUUUCAGCAGAAUGUUUGAUAAGAACAGAAAGGAUUAUAAUGUAAAGGCAUAAGAAACGCAGAAAGUGAAAUGAAAAAGUAACAGCGCGUGUGGAUAGAACAAUAUGAACGCAAAAUGAAGAGAAAUUGCAGAAGCUUGAUUGGUAUGCGCUGCGAUUGCUUGAAAAAAUGUAGGAAAGCGAAACUGUGAACAAGAAUGUCAUAUAUGUUGAAUCUUUGUCGAGAUGCAUUAAAAAAGAGAGAGAUUGCUCUUUUUAAGAAAAGCUAAGAGAAAAAGAAAAUCGACUGAAGAUUCAAUGUUCAUGCAUUCAUAGACAUUUUGUUCACAAGUAUCUUUAUUAUGAAAGACAGAAAGGUAUAUAAUGCUUAGCAAUUAAUCAAUCGUUCAUUAACUAUGAUACAAUGGUGACAUAUUUUAACUAGCUGUAAUAAUGCAAUCUCUAUGCGAGGAUACUUUUUAGAAAUCUGUUUCGUCGUAAUCUUUAACUAACGUGUUUCAUAAUUAUCGCAAAUUUUCGAUAUCCUUCUUCACUUUACGUCCACUUGUUCUUGGUACUAAGUCACGUCAUUGAUAUAAGGCUAUUGUAAGCGCUUAUAUACAUGCUUAAUGUGUAUAUAUCUUAUAUUAUGUGAUUUAAUGUCAAGAACAAGGGGUACUGUUGUACAACAUAUGGUAGUCUUAAGUUUUCUUUUAAUAAAUGAGUUUCUUUUUCUUUUAUCACAUGAUUUUGAAGACAACAAUAUAAUGUGUAACAGUUCCCCUUUCGCAGUGUCUUAUGUUGUUUGUUAGCGCGUUUAAAAGUCGAGAGAAAUUAUAAUGCAAAUUAUACAAUGUAUAUUAUGUCUAAUGACGUUGACAGUUACAUAAUAUUAUCAUAAUUACCAUUAUUAAUUAUAAUUAAAUUUUUAAUAUAUGUAUAUAUAACAGGGUAAACCUAUCCAAUUCAGUGAUAUUAAAAUUUUCUUAAAGAGAUGAAAGUGUAUGAUUUAUAAAUAUGUGAUAACAAAAAUUUAAUAUUUAAUUAUAUAGAUAAAUCAUGUAAUUAUCAUUUUUAAUGAAACGCAUUAAUUACCAAAAGAAAGAAAGGAACGUUCAUUAAAAAUAAAACUUGUCAAUUUUUGUUGUUUGAUCGAUGCAGACCUAACUAUGAUGGCUGUUGCGGAACUAGGUAGGUUUCCCUGAUAUCUGUGUGCAUGUAUAUGUAUAAUGUGCAAUUACAUUAUAUAUCAUAUGUGUCAAUGAAAAAUGACAAACAUUUAAUUGUAAAAUUGUUGCACGAUAACAGGAGGCGGAACACGUUAGACAACAAAAGAUGAAAAUGUCACUUUAUAUUAUAUCAUGGUACCUAUCUAGGCCAAGACCACAUCUUUGUAUUAAAAUUGACAGCAAAAUGUUGACAAUGUGAAAUGUAAUACGCGUAUCGCUUCUUGAAGUUCUCAUUAUUGCAUCUGCAUCCAUACGAUUAAUUUAUAAAUAAAAUUACAUUGAAUAAGAUAUAUAA